AUGACGGCCGCGUCCAUGGCCGUAGGAUCCAUUCCGCUCGUCUUCAAGGACAGCAUGUCUCCGCUCUCGGGCAUCUCCAUUCUGGGCACUGGUCUGCUCAUCGGUGCCGCGCUUACGAUCAUCAUCCCCGAAGGUGUCGUGACGAUGAUGGCAGCAGACCCGCACUCAAUGCACACGAUCGGCAUCUUCCUCCUCGCCGGCUUUGCGCUCAUGCUCCUCGUCGAGACCUUCACGCCGCACCCGCCGCACCUCCACAGCCACGGUGAGAGCCACCCCAUGCUGCCGAAGGACUCGUCUGAGCCGUCGUCCCCGGACCCAACGAGCGGACUCAGCGCGACGCUCGGACUCGUGAUUCACGGCGCGGCGGACGGAAUCGCCCUCGGAGCGAGCAGUCUGACUGGCACUGCGGAGCUGGGGCUCAUCGUCUUCCUGGCCGUGCUUAUCCACAAAGGGCCCGCCGCGCUCGGUCUCACCACGACUCUGCUGGGCCUGCACCUGAACCACACGCAGAUUAAGAAUCGCCUGCUCGUCUUCUCGCUCUCGGCUCCGCUCGGCGCUAUCCUGACCUACGCCCUGGUCAGUAUGUUUGGGGCGAACAACGGCGCAGCGGCGGACGGGAAGUACGGCCUGAGCUGGUGGACGGGUGCCGUGCUCCUCUUCUCAGGCGGCAGCUUCCUGUACGUCGCGACCGUGAUCCAGCCUCUGAACAAGAGCGACUGCCACACCGAGCGCGACGAGAUCUCGCGCCCCAUCUCCCGCGCCUUCUUGCUUGUGACGGGCAUGCUGAUCCCGCUGGGACUCGCGCUGCUCGUCGGCGACCACGACCACUAG